AUGCAGAACCGCUCCAACGAAGCUCCUAUGGACUUUGAGUGGCAGACAAGAGCUCCAGGCGAUGCCACCUCGCCCUUCUACCAGCUCGCCCUCAAGAACGAUCAAACAAAUUCCCGCCGGACGUUUGCGUCUCCUAUCAAACCACAGACUCCCGCACCACGAGAGCCGUUAGCCCAAUCGAACAACCCCGCACAGCCCUCAUUCGCAAAUGUCAAUCUCACCCGUGGCUCAUCCUUUACCACCCCUCGGAAACUAGAUGUGGACGCCUCCUCGGGAGCGGAAAACCUGUCGUCGCCAGAACAUGCGGACAAUGAUGAGACCCCUGAACGGCCCUCGAAGGCCACACGACGCAAUUCGCUCUUCAAUCUCUAUGGUAUAUACGCACCGGCUGCCCCUAGUUCAGGGCGUGGAGAGGUACCGCGCUCAAACAAGUUCUCUCAUUCCCUCGUGAAAAAGGUUCAGAAGCGGAGGAAACGAGAUCGGGAACUCAGACAUCUUCGCCAUGCCAGCGAGGACAGCAGUGAUGACCGGCCGAGCAGCCGUGAGCUAGGCCGAAAGCCAGAAAAAACAGAAAAAACAGAAAAAAUACAACCAAACAACCAAAUUGAAAACACAAGCCACAUACCUUACCUCUCACGCCUCUUUACGUUCCUCGAAACUCACCCGCAUAUUCCUCGAAUACUUUCAUACUACGCCCAAUUCACAUUUAAUUUGAUAAUUGCCUUUCUGAUUUUAUACGUUAUUGUUGCCUUCUUGCUUGCCAUUAAACACGACGUUGAGAUCGCUAGUGAAAGCCAGUCCGCAGAUAUUCUUGCGGAGAUAGCCACAUGCACGAAAAAUUACGUCGAGAAUCGCUGUGGUGACCCCGAUGGGAGAAGACUACCUGCACUGGAAACAGUUUGCGACAACUGGGAGAGGUGUAUGCAUAGAGACCCUGCAAAAGUCGGCCGAGCAAGGGUAUCCGCACAGACCCUUGCGGAGAUAUUCAACGGCUUUAUCGAACCAAUUAGUUUCAAGGCAAUGUUCUUUUUCAUGUCCUCAAUAGCGACUUGCGUUGCUGUUUCCAACCUCACGUUUUCGUUCUUCCGCAAUAAAUCGAAUAACCCGCCUUCGAUGCCGCCUGGUUAUACAGGAUACAACCCACCACCUCAGAUGCCCUCCCAACAGACCCAUGCGGGCUACACAUCAGGUCAUACACGAGUAGAAACAGACAAUCCUUUUUUCAAUCAUACCCCUCACCAGAAUGUUUUCAGAUUUGACCAGGGACCAGAAAGUCGAUCUCAGAGGCAGCUAGAAAUAGGGCCGUCCUAUGCUUCCCAGGAUCAUCUGCGGACCCCAAGUCCGGUGAAACAGAGGAAAUUUAUGUGA